UUUUUAUUUUUAAGGAAGUUUUCUAAUUAAAAAAAGAUUUUCAAUGGCUCCCCAACCAAAACAAGCGAAAGGAAAGACUGGAGGAGAGACGAAAGCGGUGGCAACUGCUUCCAAGGGUGCUUCUGACAGCAAAAAGCGUGUUGUAAAGCCGGGAGGGAAAGAUCGCAAAGCCGUCACCAAAGCUUUGGACGCAAAGAAGAAAUUAGCCAAAGGAAAGUUUACUCUUCACAAAAAGAAAAUCCGAACUUCUGUCCACUUCUAUCGUCCAUCUACUUUGAAGCAAGCCCGUGCACCUCGUUAUCCUCGCAAAGCUGUGCCCAAACGCAACAAACUCGACGCUUUUGCGGUCAUCAAGCAUCCGCUUACGACGGAAUCGGCGAUGAAGAAAAUUGAGGAUACAAACACACUUGUGUUUAUUGUGGAUGUUCGUUCGAAUAAACAUCAAAUUAAGAGUGCUGUCAAGAAACUUUACAAUAUUGAAAUUGCUAAGGUCAACACUCUUAUCACUCCUCUACACACUAAAAAGGCUUAUGUUCGUCUCGCUGCGGAUUGUGACGCUUUGGACGUUGCCAACCGUAUUGGAAUUAUUUAA